GUCUGCCUAAUGACCUUCGCCCCUCACCUAGACGACCAUACGGACCUGGCGCCACACACCCUUUACAGAAAAAAGAUUAAAGUUAUCAAACUGUGCAUACAAUCAGGUAGAAUGAAUUCACGCUAUAAAUAAUGAUAGUUUACACGCAAGAUCACAUAUUUGAUUCCUGCAAAUAAUCCAAAUUGGUUUUGAGAAUCCUAGUCUGUGGAUCAUUUUUAAAGAAAUUAUCUCUAAACAUGUUAACAAGUUAUAUGAAUACAAGAAAGCCAACAGUAUUUAAUUGUCGAAUCAGUAGCAGUAGUAGUAACAGUAAUGAAGAUAAAAGUCUUGAUAAUAACUGUAGUAACCAUUCAGCAACAAAUAUUAUGGCACAGUUUGUGUGUAGUCGGUCGAAAUCUAUUCAACAUGCCAGUAAUAACAAUACUGGUACCACUUCUAUUAAUACUAAUACUACUGCUACUCCUAAUAAUUCUAAUCAUAACAGUGUCGUCGGAGAUGGUAUGAACAAAUUUAAUAACACUUUAAAUAAUCAUGUCCUGAUGUCAGACCCAUUUGUUGACACUACCACUUCUACUACUCACACUAUUAAUCAUAUUAAUAAGGACUUUGGCAUAAAAAACAUUUUAACGGAGCGGAAUAUAUUUGAUAAAUUUUUAAGUUGUUUUCGCCCAUUUAUUUAUCUUAUCCAAAAACAGAAGUCCUUUCCCUCAUCAGAUCAAGACUUACCAUGGGAAGUCCCAUUUGAAUCAGUGACCGAUUUAGUAUGGAUCGGGUCUGGUGCACAAGGUGUGGUUUUUCGUGGUUGUUUUCGUGAUGAAUUGAUCGCUGUGAAAAAAGUUAAUAAACAGUCUGACACAGAUAUUCGUCAUUUACGUUAUUUAAACCAUCCGAACGUUAUUAAAUUCAAAGGAGUUUGUGUGGAACAACCGUGUUACUGUAUACUUAUGGAAUAUUGUCCAUAUGGUCAGUUGUAUGAAAUAAUACACUCAGGCAACCCUAUAUCACCAUCUUUGAUUUGUUCAUGGGUUAAACAGAUCGCCGAUGGAAUGCAUUAUUUACAUUUAUGUAAAAUAAUUCACAGAGAUCUCAAAUCACCAAAUGUUUUAAUCGGUUAUAAUCACGUAUUAAAAAUAUCCGAUUUUGGUGCAUCUCGUGAAUGGACAGAGAAUUCUACUAAAAUGUCAUUUACUGGCACUGUAGCUUGGAUGGCACCUGAAGUAAUACGUAAUGAACCUUGUUCAUUUAAAGUUGAUGUAUGGUCUUAUGGUGUACUUUUAUGGGAGUUAUUAACCGGUGAAAUUCCAUAUCAUAAUGUUGAUUCAACUGCGAUUCUAUGGGGUGUUGGCAGCGAAAAUCUUCGUUUACCAGUUCCAGUGACAUGUCCUUCAGAAUUACGUGUACUUAUGAAAACAUGUUGGAAUAUCAAGCCAAGGAAUCGUCCCAGUUUUCGUCAAAUUCUAUCACAUUUAAAUGUAACCUGUUCACGUUUACUACAGUACACUGAUGAUGAAUUCAUUUCAUUGCGUCAACUAUGGAAAGAAGAAAUCACUGUUUACCUUCAAGAUAUUCGACUUGAAGGUCAGUGUACACCAAAACUUGAAGUGAUGUUAAUUCGUCGUCGACGUGAAGAAUUAUGUCAUGCACAAGAUAUUCGACGUUGUUAUGAUGAUAAACGUGAAAGAGCUAAUGAAUUAUAUAUGGAAUUGAAAAUAUUAUUAGCUGAAUGCGAAGAAGAAAAACGUAAAGCUGAACGAGAACGUUUACACUAUGAAUCGCUUAUUCAAGAGCUCAAUACUAAUCGAAAACAACAAAAUGAAUUGAAUCAACAAAAAUGUUCAACUGAAGAGAAAAAAAUUGUUGACAAUGAAAAAUUUCAAUAUUUCAAUGAUAUAGAAAAUACAAAUGAUUGUAUUACUACUCAUUCAAAUAAACAACAAUUUCCUUUUUCAACUUUAUCAACAUUUUCAUUAGGACGUAAAUUAAGUGAUUUUUAUUAUCGUCGACGUAAUGAUUUCAAAUUUACUAAAUCUAUUUUACAAUCAUCAUUAUUAUUACCAUUAUCUAUUGGGAAUAAUAAUACACAUUCAUCUAUUCAUACUACUGAUAUCAUUCAUAAAAGUAAUAUAAAUAGAUUGGAAUUAUUAAAAAAUCAUCAUUAUUAUUUUACAAUACCAAAUAGUUUAGAACAAUUUAAUGAGAUUUAUUAUUUAGGUUAUCUUAUAUAUAACAAUCUAUUUAAUAAUAAUACUACUAAUAAUAAUAUUAGUAGUAGUUGUAGUUCACGAGUUAAUAAAAAACAAAAAUGUCCAUUUUGUGGUAAUCUCUAUUCAUCAUUAAUAAAUAAUAUGGAAUUUUUAAAAUCCUACCAUCAUCAUCAUCGUAAUAAUCAUCAUCUACGUAGAGCAUUAACAUUAUCAAUGUUAGAAUAUAAAUUAAAAGAUCAACAAUUAACCGAUUCAUCUAUGAUUUAUAAUGAAUUAUACAAUACUACUAAUGAUGAUAAUAAUAAUAAUAAUAGUAAUAUCCAACCAAGUUCACUUCUACAUAAUACUAAAAAACAAUUUGCCAGUACAAAUAGUUUGCAUCAACUUGUAAAUGUCCCUUCUCCUCCACCACCGCCAGCAUAUGACUCUGUAAUAACAACUGACAAUCAAGUCGUACGAGGAGGUCAUCAUCAAAAUGUACCAGAACAAACCAUGGUAAGAUCGAAUUUCACUCAUAUAAGUGAUAUUCACAACAAAAACAAUAAUAACGGUAGUCAAACAUUCUGUAAUCAUCAUGAUCAUCAGACUGAUGUCACUUCUUCACCUUCAUCAGUAAAAUCUGUACAUCAUCAGUUAAAAGAUACUGUGAAAACUACCUGUAGUUGUACAACCGAUAUCACCACCACAUACACUACUACUACUACUUCUAAUUUGAAGGACAACGAUAAUUCAACCAAUAAUUCCGACAAGAUUCAAUUCGAUGUAAUGUUAAAUCCAACCAUAAAUGAAAAUAAGAAAACAAUGACAAAUGAUAAUGAAAUGUUGUUUAAAACCGGUUUAUCAAAAACAACAAUUAAGAUUGACAAUGAAGAAUCCAAAGAAGAUAAAAUGGCUGGAAUUCAUGUUAAUGUGAUAAAUUGGCUUAAUCCUGCAAACAAUUUAAUAAAUGUUCAUCAAUCAUCAAAUGUAAAUAAUUUAACAUCGAAAUAUUAUCCAACCAAUUAUCGAUUAAAACGUUCUAUUAGUCAAGAUUCUUUAUUAUGUUACUUAAAAAAAUUACAAUCAAUAAAAAAUAUCAAUGAAAAAUAUACUAAUAUCAAUACUACUUAUAACGAUAAUAAUAAUAAUAAUACUACUGAUAAAGAUAAUCAUACUACUGAUAAUGAUGAUCAUAAUAAUACUACUAUUAAAUCAUUAAAAAAUCAAUUUCCUCUGAUCAAUAAAAAAUUCUCUUCAUGUAUAUCAAUAUUUUCAUUGAUCAAUUAUUAUAAAUCAUUACAAUUAUCAUAUUUAACAAGUUUUAAAGAAUUUCCUAAUAAUCAUAUUUAUCAUCAAUUGAAAGUAAUGAAUGAACGGGAUUAUUUUAAAGCAAAUAUAAUUCAUAAAUCUUUUGUACAUUCUUAUCAACCUCAACAACUAUCUGCAAAUGAUGAAAGUCAUAUAGACUCUACUCUUGAUAAAACGAUACAAGAUCAAAAUUUGAAAAUUCUAAGAGACAAUAAGGUAGAAGAUGGAGAUUUGAAAAUGAUCACUACUGUUGGUUUUCCUUUCCUUGAACAUGUAAGCCCAUUAUGGUCACCAAGUAAAGAUUUAUCACGACAUAAACGUCAAAUGAUUAAAUCAAUGAAUAAUAAUAAUAAUAAUAAUAAUAAUAAUAAUAAUAAUAAUAAUAAUAAUAAUAAUAAUAAUAAGAGUGACUUUGGACUGUUAUCAUUACCGACGUCAGUUUCACCUAAAUACUCUGCAUCAAUUCCUACGAUACCGCGUCGUUCGAAUAGUAAUAAAAUCCAUGUUGACCAUAAUAAUGACAAUUCUGUCUUGAAUCAAACUACUCAUAUAUCAUCCGUUGUCACAACAACAUCAUCAUCAUAUUUACCUAUGCAUAAUAACAACAACAGUAGAGAAAAUCUGGAAAAUGAAAAUAUCCAAUUAAGAAAGUAUCCUGGUCGACGAAAUUUUACCAUAAAUGAGUCAUAUUUAAAAAAUUCUAGUACAACAAUGCCAGAUCAAAUAUCUCGACCACUUCGUUCGCGUUACUAUCAUCAUCGUCAUCAUUCAAGACUCUAUUCUUUCUCUCAACCUAGAAGAAAUAGUAGUAGUUUGUUGGAUUUGAAUUCAAAUUAUCGAUCGGCAUCUUUUUCUGCUUCAUCAUCACCACUCUCAUCGUCCAUUGGAACUCACACACAUAUGAGCAUUGAGAAUUUAGCCAAUGAACUACAAUCACAUAUGAUUGAUAGUUUAAGUGAUAAAGAAUAUCAUGUUCGACGUGUAUGCAGUAGGUUAAGAAAACAACAGCAACAGCAACAACAACAACAGUAUCAAAAACAACCUAUUCCUAUUCAAUUUACAACAGAUGAUAUUUCUGCUCCGAAUCCAGCCUCUUUAGCAUCUUCUCCAUUGCCACCACCUAUUACCAUCACUUCUCUGAAUGGAAGUUGUAGUAGAUUAAUAAUUUCUAAUGAUGAUAAUAAUAUAACAAAUGAAGAAAAUCCAUUAGUUGAACGAGUUCGUCCAGUAUUUCAUUAUUUACCUGAUCAAUCAUUUACAAUUGAGCAAAAUAAUUUAAAUUCACAAGUAUGUGGACCAAAUCCAAAAGUAUUUAUUACAUCUACAUGUACUACAAUAUCCAGUAUAACAGAGGCCGAGGCUGAUUUAAGCGAUGAUGAUGAUAAUGGCGAUGAUCAUGAUGGACCAGAAACAGAACUUAGUGAAAGUCACAAUGAUCAUAGUGUUUUACCAUUGAAUAAAGAAGAAAUAGAAACAAUGUCUGACGAUUUUUCAAAUUAAUCACUUGCACAAGAUAAAUACCAAUUAAUUAGAACAAUACUAAUCAUUAAUCCCGAUGGCAAGCAUAACAGUUCGAGCCCAGUUACCACACACACAUACACAUUGUGUGUACCGUUUUUCAACUUUUAACAGUUUUUUUCUAGGAACCCUUUUUGCCUUUUUAUUAUUUUCUCAUUUUUUUUCUCAACUAGAUAAAUCCGAUGUAAAUAGUUAUAUACUACUAUUAUUACUACUUAAUCAUAGUAAUCAUUAUUAUCAAUUAUUCUCUGAUAGAUACAUUCACAUUUGCCUGCUUUCUUUUAUGCCUUCAUAGAAUCUUUUUCUAUAUGGAUGGAUGUUUUCCAUUUAUGUAGAGAAAUCCACCAGUGUAUUGACUAUUAUUAUUAUUAUUAUUAUUAUUAUUAUUAACUACGUUUAUUUUGUGUAUUAGGCAUCUCAGUUAUUACCCUGCCCCCCUCCCUCUCCCCCCUAUCUAUUUUUUAUUUUCUUACAUAAUUUCAUUUGUCUUUAUUAAUAUUGUUAUUUAUUUUUUUAUUUCCCUUGAUAUUAAUAUGGUCCCCUAUCCACAAAAAUAGGAUGAAAUCUGCAUAGGAAUAAUAAUAAUAAUAAUAAUAA